UUUUUUCAGAUUUUUCGUUAUUGAUUUUCCUUGAAAAGUUGGAAUUUUGUGACAAAAUGGGUGCAAUAAAGUGUGGCGACAAAGUGGCUUGUGGCAAAACGUCCGUUCAAAGAAAAGAUUUUGAGGAGAAAUAGUAUAGUGUUUUGGGAGAGUUGUUAGAGAAAAAGCCCUGCACUUUUAUUGUCGUUAUUUUCACUUUAAAAAUGUCUGAGGACAACGAAUUAGACAACGACCAUCAAGAAUUAAGCCCUGCAAGUGUCAACGUUAGCGCAAUUCAACGACAACUAUCUGCUGCUGUUCAAGCCGCUGCUGAAGAGCCUUCUUUUAAUUUGAGACUUAUUGAAGCUGUGAAACAAAGCCAUUGUUUAUAUGACCCGUCUGAUAGACAAUAUAGAAGUGCUGACUACAAAAUUAAAGUAUGGAAUCGUCUUGUACAAAUGCUUGGAUUUCAAGAUGCUAGAACUUUGUAUAAUCGUUGGAAACAGUUGAGAGAUAAAUAUGGAAAAGAGAAAAAGAAAUUGAAGUAUAGUGGAGAACAGCACUCACAAUGGCAAUAUUUUAAGUAUUUCGAGUUUCUCGAUCCUCAUAUGGUUGACAGGACGCAAACUCGUUUUGAGCGGAAUAAGGAAGGAAAAAAUGAUCAACAACAAAUAGUAAUUACUGACCCCAAUUUUACCCUCCAUUUGAUUGAUGAAGUUCGACUGCAGCCUUGUCUUUAUGACAUUAAGGAUCCAAAAUAUCGACACAGUGAAUACAGAAAUCAGGCUUGGGGAGAAAUUGCGAAGAAUUUGUCUUUUCCAGGUUUUUUUGAGACCUUAAAAAAUUUUAAGAAUUUUUUAGGCGAUAUAAGUUCCCUUUACAAACAGUGGAAAAAAGUUCGAGACCGUUAUGUUCGUGAAAAACGAAAAUUGCGUAUGGCUGGCAAUGCAACCAAUGAAGUUUCUAAUUGGGAAUUUUUUCGUGAUUUGAUGUGGAUUGAUCCUUUUUUGGAUGAAAGAGCAGCGCAAGUUAAACGUAAACGUGAAAGUAGUGAAGCGUCUGGAGGGGAGGAUGAACAAAUUUAUUUAAAUGAUAGCUUUUCUUCGUCUACAACUGCUAUAAAUUUUUCUAAUGGAAUUAAUUCUUUACAACAUGAAGAUUUGGGAACAUCACAAAUGUCUUCGCACCAUUCGCAGCAACAGCAAAUUCAAAAUCCUUAUACAAUGAUGUCAAUUCAACAGCCACAACAACAACCAUUAGAAUCAAUCCAACACCCUUCUUUUAACUUUGGACAUCAAUUACAACAAUUAGUCAGACUUCAGCAACACCCACCAAUGCAAAAUAAUACAAAUUCAAAUAUUGUUGUGGGACAUUCACUUACAGGAUUACACCAAGUACAACAACAACAUCAGAAUUUAUCAAGAAUUCGUCCAGCAUCACUAUUAAAUGAUUCAAUAGGUUUAGUAACCUCCUCAUCAGUUCAAAAUAAUUCAAAUCAACAAUUAAUGAUACCACUUCAACAACAACAAUCAAUACCUUUAAAUAACAACAAUUUUUCUCAACUUGAUACAAACAAUUCAAUCAAUGUUAGUGAACGUCCAAAUGACCCAACAACUUUACAAAAACAACAGCAGCAACAUUUAAUUUUACCUCAACAACAACCAUCAAUGGUAGAUGGAGAAAGAGCUUUUGCACACAGUGUUGUUGCCGAUCUGCUUUGCCUUCCAGAACAUGCACGUAUUAUGGCAAAGGCACAAAUUCAACAUUUGUUAGAAAAUUCAAAAAUUACAAUUGUUAAGGCAUAGAAUUUAUUAGUAUAUUUUCAGGUAUUUUUUGGAUAGCCCUCCGCUCUAGUCUGAGUCUUAGGUUUCUUUUCUUCAUGCCUAUUAGUUUUCCUUGAGCGAUGCAUAUGUAUGUAUCAUGUUAAGGCUGCCGUUUCCGAGCCGUGGCGACGGUCGAGGCAUUUUUUUUGGGUCUCGUUUUUAUCGAGUCGGGCCGUACAAGUCUUUUUCGG